UCCGCUGCAGUCAGACUGGAAGAUAUUAACUCGAAUAGACUCAGUCGCGUAGAAACGGUUUGUUUUGUUUUUUGGUUAAAUUUUUUUUUUUUUUAACCUUUAAAAAAAAAAAGUUUAACAGGUUUCUUCUCUUUCUGUAACUUAAGCCAGUGAAAUAAAUAAAUAAACCAAACAGCCAACCGAAAAUGAGUCUGACGCUCCUGGGUUUGAAACGCGCCACGUCCAACACGGUCGUUCAGCUGAAUCUGUGCUGCGAAGCGGCCGCCCGCACGGAAAUCGAGCACCGGGGCUUCGGAGGCCAAACGAACCCGAGAGCGGAAAAAGCCGAAGAGCUGGACGGCUGCGGCGCGGACGAAGUGGAUUUCUGCCCCGGUUCUUCCAAGCCCGUCAGAAACGGCUUCAAAGUCAAAGUGCUGUCGCCGUUCCCGGUGAGCACCAACGAAGACGGGUCCCUGCCGUCCUCCCCGGACUCGCCGUCGAGCCCGGUCUGCGGGGCGGUGCCCGGCUUCGAGGAGCCGCACCCGGACGGGCGGUUCGAGCAGGAAACCAGGGCGCUCGUCGAGGAUUACUUGCGGACGUACGCGGGCCUGCGGGCCUCUCGGAUAAGCCGAAAGCAAAACAAACCGCUGGAGACCCUCCGACGAGUCUCCGACGGCGUGAUCGAGAAACAUCGCUACGCCUUCAACGGAAUCAUCAACAGGCUCAGCGUGGGUCAGGAUAUGGAGGUGGGUUUCGUGACGAACGUGGCUGAGAGCCUGUUCAGCGACGGGACCACGAACUGGGGCCGCGUGGUCAGCUUGGUGGCGUUCGGGGCCGUGGUGGCCAGGCACCUGAAACAGAGCGGUCUGGAGCACAGCAUCGAGCCGCUGGGGGAACGAAUCAGCAGCUUCCUCCUCCGGGACAAGAGAGCCUGGAUGAUCGAGAACGGAGCGUGGGAAGGCUUCGUGGAUUUCUUCCACACGGAGGACCCCGAGUCCAGCGUGAGGAGCGCUUUGAUGACCUUCGCUGGCCUUGCAGGUAUCGGCGCUGGCAUCGCGCUGCUCAUGAGAUGAGGGGAGGGGGACUCCCUAAAGAUACUGGACUAUCGCUACCUGAAUGUCUGUCCAUUCAAAAAGACUUGGCUUCCAAGCCCCCUGUCAAAAAGAUAAACCUGGCUGACGGGGGUGCGGUUUUGAAGAACGCAGGCUCUGCCCCGGUGAAAGGGAGGAGGAGGAGGAGGGGGGGCACAGACCAGGGGGUCCAGAGAGAGGGGUUCUCCAGGCACACCAUUUUUAAAACUCACUACAGUUUGGAGAUCGCAGGAAGGAGUGCAUUCCCAGAUGCGUGUUUGUUUUUGUUUGUAAUUUGGUGCUUUUUGAAAUGUUGCAGCUGAAUUUGAGAGAAUGUAACACCAGAUUUAAAAGUAUUUCUGUAGCUGCACAGUGACAUCACUGGUUUCCCUGGUUUUAAGGGGAGUGUUUUGGUUGGGGUGUUCUGUUUUUUUUUUUUGGGGGGGGGGUGAGGGAGAUCACACCUGUUUUCUUCACCUGGGGGGGGGUGAAACACAUUUUAUUUUUGUAAUAAAUUUGAGAGAGAUGUCAUGUGGUUUGUGGUUUGUUUUUUUUUUUUUUUUUUUUUUUGUAAAUGUUACAAAUACUUUUUGGGCCCCCCCCCCCCUCCCCAAUCAGUCUGAUUACAAAAUGAUUACUGCAAUUGAAAAUUCAUUUUAUUGCAGUCGUUGGUAAAUCUUACUUCGCAGUUAGCCGUAACUGAAGCGUUUAAAAAUCUCAAGCAUUUUGGAAGUGGGUGUUUUUUGGUUUGUUCUACCGUUCCUGUUCUCUUAAAUUUAAAAAUAGGGUAUUGAAUAUCUAGCCACGUCUUAAUUUAACACCCAGGAUCAUGAAUGCUAGGGUUUUUAUUUUUUUAUAUAAAUCAGUCGCCGCAGUGUCAAUUUUUGGCAAACCUCCUUAAUUUUGUUUUUUCAAAUCAGUUUCUUCAGUAUUUUGGUUGAUAGCAAGUUAACUCCAAUUUAUAUAUGGAGGGGUGCAGAUUUAGUUUCUCUUUCUUUGUCCAGCUGAAGAGUAUAUAUUUUUUGUAUUGUACACACAGAUAUAUAUAUAUAUAUGCUACAGAAACUGCCAGCUCUUGAUAUGAUCCUGUAAUUUAGAGAUUAGAAACUUGUGUUUCCUUCAUAGCCCGACUAUUAAACAUUUGUACCUGCGUAGCUCUCUGUGUAUGCAAGAACAGACACUUAAAUAUUACUCAGACUGCAGAAUUUCUAAUCUCUGAAUUGAUGUUGUGAAUUUUAUAGAUUAUAUAUUAAAAAAAAAAUCUAAAUUUUUUAAAA